AUCCUCAUGUUUCAGAGCCGGAAGGGACGUUAGAGGUCACCCCAAGCCGCCGCCCCCUCUGCAGCCUCUGACAAGUGCUUUUCAGGUUCAUUGUUAAGGAUUCAUAGCUUUCUUCUGAAGAACUGAAAGUCCAUUCAUGUGAAUUAUUUAUUUUAUCAUACAUCCUUUCUGUGUGAUUGAACAUUUUCAUGAUCCCAGAGGAAAAGAAGAGACUCAUUCGGGAUGUUUGACGGUUAUGAUAGCUGCAGUGAGGACACAGGUAGCAGCUCCAGCUCUGAGGAGAGUGAAGAGGAAGUUGCUCCUUUACCUUCUAAUCUCCCACUUAUCAAAAACAAUGGACAAGUCUACACAUACCCAGAUGGCAAAUCUGGCAUGGCUACCUGUGAAAUGUGUGGGAUGGUUGGUGUGCGAGAUGCUUUUUACUCCAAAACAAAGCGUUUCUGCAGUGUUUCGUGUUCAAGAAGUUAUUCGUCUAAUUCCAAGAAGGCAAGCAUUUUGGCCAGACUUCAGGUAACGGGUAAGCCUCCAACAAAGAAAGCAAAAGUUCUUCAGAAACAACCUUUAGUUGCUAAACUAGCCGCAUAUGCUCAGUAUCAAGCUACCUUGCAAAAUCAAGCAAAGACUAAAGCAGUAGUCUCCAUGGAAGGUUUCAGCUGGGGUAACUACAUCAAUAGCAAUAGCUUUAUAGCAGCUCCCGUUACCUGCUUUAAACAUGCACCCAUGGGGACCUGCUGGGGUGAUAUCUCAGAAAAUGUGAGAGUAGAAGUUCCCAAUACAGACUGCAGCCUGCCUACCAAAGUCUUCUGGAUUGCUGGGAUUGUAAAAGUAGCAGGUUACAGUGCCCUUUUAAGAUAUGAAGGAUUUGAAAACGAUUCAGCUCUGGACUUCUGGUGCAAUAUCUGUAGCUCUGAUAUCCGUCCAGUUGGCUGGUGUGCAGCCAGUGGGAAGCCUCUUGUCCCUCCUAGAACUAUUCAUCAUAAGUAUACGAACUGGAAAGCUUUUCUAGUGAAACGACUUACUGGUGCCAAAACACUUCCUCCCGACUUCUUACAAAAGGUUUCAGAAAGUAUGCAGUAUCCUUUCAAACCUUGCAUGAGAGUAGAAGCGGUUGACAAGAGACAUUUGUGUCGAACACGAGUAGCAGUGGUGGAAAGUGUAAUUGGAGGACGAUUAAGACUAGUGUAUGAAGACAGCGAAGAUAAAACAGAUGUUUGGUGCCAUAUGCACAGCCCACUAAUCCAUCAUAUUGGCUGGUCUCGAAGCAUAGGCCAUCGAUUCAAAAGAUCUGAUAUUACAAAGAAACAGGAUGGACAUUUUGAUACACCACCACAUGUAUUUGCUAAGGUAAAAGAAGUGGGCCAGAGUGGGGAAUGGUUCAAGGAAGGAAUGAAAUUGGAAGCUAAAGACCCAUUAAAUCUUUCCACAAUAUGUGUGGCAACCAUUAGAAAGGUGCUGGCUGACAGAUUCCUAAUGGUUGGGAUCCAUGGCUCAGAAGCAGCAGAUGGAUCUGACUGGUUCUGUUAUCAUGCAACCUCCCCUUCUAUUUUCCCUGUUGGUUUCUGUGAAAUUAACAUGAUUGAGCUUACUCCACCUAGAGGUUACACUAAACUUCCUUUUAAAUGGUUUGACUACCUCAGGGAAACUGGCUCCAUUGCAGCAGCAGUAAAACUAUUUAAUAAGGAUGUUCCAAAUCACGGAUUUCGUGUCGGAAUGAAGUUAGAAGCAGUAGAUCUCAUGGAGCCACGUUUAAUAUGUGUAGCCACAGUAACUCGAAUCAUUCAUCGCCUCUUGAGGAUACACUUUGAUGGAUGGGAAGAAGAAUAUGACCAGUGGGUAGACUGUGAGUCUCCUGACCUCUAUCCUGUAGGGUGGUGUCAAUUAACUGGAUAUCAACUACAGCCUCCCGCAUCACAGUCAACAAGAGAAAGCCAAUCGGGUUCAUCAAAACAGAAGAAAAAGGCUAAGUCCCAGCAAUACAAAGGACAUAAGAAAAUGACUACAUUGCAGCUGAAGGAGGAGUUGAUAGAUGGAGAGGACUACAGUUUCCUGCAAAGAGCAUCUGACCCGGAAAGCAAUGGCUCUGCCAACUUCUACAUCAAGCAAGAGCCCUGAGGGGGCUCAGAAACGGAGGGUGGGAGGGAAGUUUCACACGGGACUGAUUUGUAGUCCACCCAGCUGUACGCGGGGCUGUUCUACUGGGACAUUUUGCUAAACAGAAAAUUUCAGUUCCGGAUUUUUCAGGUGGGUGGGGAAACUAUUUUAGUCGUGGGGGGAAAUUUUUCAAUUUAUAAAGAUGGACAAUUUUUGUGUUGUAUUUGAAGCUUUUGAAAGAAUUUUGUAAUAUUUUACACGUUUGGGUUUAUGUGCAUUGUUAACAAGAACUGAAAUUCUAACUUUUUUGGUAAGAUUAAAGUUUAGGUAGCAGGACUGAAAGAAAUGAUUUAAGAAGGAUAUAGUUGUAAAUGCAAGCGAACUGUCAAUACAAAUGAACCUUUUUGGUACCUGUUGGGAGAUUUGGGGAUUUUAGAAGUUCGGCCAGUCACAUCUCCAGCUUCCUUUGCUGCAGAAACAUGCAACUGAACCCCCUCCUGGAGGGGUUGUCACCAAAUGGAUCAUGGAAGGGGUGAUUAAUUCUGCUUGUCUGCAUUUUUAUGGCAGGCCAUUUUAAAUGUUUGUACAGAAAUGUUUUUCAUUCUGUGAACAUUUAUUUGGAGUUCUAUAUGAAACUGGAAGAACUCUGGAUACUUUACUAUGUUCUCCUUUAAUAAAAAAAAAUGAUAAAAAUGAUCCUAACACUGAAGUGUUAAAAACUGGAAUGGUUGACCAGAUAUACAGGGUGUCAUUCUACAAGUUGAGGGGUAGGGAAAAAUGCAAUAUUGUUCUAAGUUUAUUUUAUUUUCCUUACUAAAAAGUACCCCACAAAAGGGAUUUUGAUUAGUUCUCUGCCACUUCCCUCCAUCUGUGAGAUAAUACUUGGUUUAACCACACCCCAAAACAGAUGUUCUGUAUUACCAGGAGAAUCAAAUUCUGAGUUGUUUAAAGCCAAAAUAAGUUUAGAUUUCAAAAUCAUUCCAGCUCUGCUUUUAACUAUCCUGGACUUGUUAGAAAACUAAUUUGAAUGAGAAUUUAAUUUUCUUAAGAUUCCAUAUAUAUCUAUAUAGUAUGAGCUGUCUUUAUUUGUGUUCAGAAUUAGUUUUAACAAUAAUAACUGAUUUGGACCAUUUUGAACAUUCCCUAUUUUAAAAUUCGUAUGGCUUCCUUUCAAAAAAGGAUCUAAGGGUAAAUUGGUGAAAGGUUUGCUCUCUACAUUUUCUAAUGUUGAGUUGUGACUGAAUGAGAGAGCUCUAGCGUUUACCAGUGAGGUUCAUAAACGAAACUCUCAGGAAUUAUUGCAUCUGUUCUAGAAGUGCUUCUGGGUCUUCACCUGGACUCUUCAGUGGUGAUAGUGACCAUCUCCUCUGGAAUAUCGGUAGGGCUAAUUAGAAAUUAAUCAAAAUGAUUAAACUCUACAGUCCUUCAACCUAUGGAAUGCUUUAAAAAAUGUUAAUGGAAAGCCCCAGGAGACAUUCAGGUAAGAUUUUUGUUUGAAUUUUAAAAUGCAUAGAACAUUAAAAACCAGCAAUUUAUUUUCUAAAAUAAUGCUCUACUUUUGGGAAUAAUAGCAUUGGUAAUAUGCACAGGUUUA